UCCCGUGUGCCGUCCGAUGCGCGCACGCCCACCAACGCCGAGCAGCCGUCUCCGUUGCAGGGUCGCGGUCAGAGUUAGCUAGGGCUACAAAAUCGGGUGGCGCGGGUCGCCGCCGCCAUCGGCAGGAAGAGUGUGGCCUCGCAGCUGGUGCCUGGUGGAGCUCGCUCUCAAGUCUCACCUCCACGCCCAGGGGGCAGUCGCGGCUGGCGGAGGAUGGACGAGGAAGACGGCGGCCACCGUCACCACGCCAUCCGGGUCGCAUCGUCCUCCCCAGAUGUUGCAAUCGAGGAGGAGAACACGAAGCCAGAUCACUCGCCGUCGCUGAGGCAGAAAGCAGCCGAGGUGAUCGCCGCCUCGCUGGAGACCUACCGGAGCAGGCCUUUCUCCUUCUGGCUGCUCCUAUGCCUGAGCAGCGGCGCGAUGCUCACCGCGUUCCCGGCGUCGAGCCUACUCUCGCGGCUCUACUACAACGACGGCGGCCAGAGCAAGUGGAUCCUGUCGUGGGCGGCCGUCGCCGGCUGGCCCCUGCCCGCGCUGCUCCUGCUCCCGCUGUACCUCCUCGGCAGGGCGUCGCCGACGCCGCUGUCGCUGGCGCUGUGCUCCUGGUACGUGCUCCUCGGCUUCCUCAGCGCCGCCGACAACCUCAUGUACGCCUGGGCGUACGCGUACCUCCCGGCGUCCACGGCCUCGCUCGUCGCCGCGUCGUCGCUCGCCUUCUCCGCGCUCUUCGGCCGAGCCAUCGCCAAGAACAGGCUGAGCCUGUCCUCCCUCAACGCCAUCGUCGUGAUCACAGCGGGCGUGGUGGUCGUCGCGCUGGACUCCGGGUCGGACCGGCCGCCCGGCGUCACGGCGCGCCAGUACGCGCUCGGCUUCGCCCUGGACGUGCUCGGGUCGGCGCUCCACGGCCUCAUCUUCGCGCUCUCGGAGCUCGUCUUCGCCCGGGUCCUCGGCCGGCGAUCCUUCCACGUGGUGCUGGAGCAGCAGGCGGCGGUGUCGCUCUGCGCGUUCGCCUUCACCUCCGCGGGGCUCGCCGCCGCCGAGGGCUUCCCGGCGAUGCGGCGCGAGGCGGCGCGGUUCGGCGAGGCCGCGUACGCGAACGUGAUGGUGUGGACGGCCGUGACGUUCCAACUGGGCGUGCUCGGCGGCACGGGUGCGCUGUUCCUGGCGUCGACCGUCCUCGCCGGCGUGCUGAACGCCGUCAGGGUGCCCCUGACGAGCGUCGCCGCGGUGAUCUGGUUCCAUGACCCGAUGAGCGGGUUCAAGAUCCUGGCUCUGGUGAUUACGGUGUGGGGGUUCGCGUCCUACAUGGUCGGGCACGCCUCUGUCAAGAAAACGUCAGCAAGUUGAUAUCGUAAAGUUUGUUUUCGGCUCGCUGCAGAACGAACAUUCGUUUUUCCUUGCGAAUGCGCAAAGGCUCUACACUUUGUAACAACAAAUCACAACCAGCUACUA